CUGAACAUCACAUCAUUUCCAGUGGGUCGAGUUUGAAGAUCAUGAUACCUGAAUCACUAUCUCAUUGCUGUUGUCAACUUAGGAAAUAAUAGACUGGGCAGACAGAGCCUCUUGGGAAUAUGACAUCUUUCUUCCACCCCCAUGUGGAGAAAUGCAUCCGUUUUUUAUCGUGCAGCUGACAGUCAAUGUGUGGGAAACACGCUGUACAGCCAGGAGACAACACGGGGACCAACUGCAUCAGACGGGGAAAGGCUGACGUAAGGUGAUGGGGCCUGGACGCUCGACGCUUGCGCGCGAUACACUGGAUGCAACCGUUGGAUGGGGAUUAGGAAACUGCGCCUAAAUCGGAACCCCCACCGUACGCCAUCUUGGCUCGAGCGACGCUUUAGCGCGAGUCUGGUCUGGGCCCCGCACCCCCGGACCAUUUCGGCUCUGGCCGGACCAGUUUCACGGACGACAGAGGGAGGAGCCUGGUGCUUCUGGAAGUCGGGAGGAGCAGCAGACAGUCAAAGCCAGCCAGCCAGCAUCCGAGCCAGCGUAAAGGGAACCCGGAGCGACGGCGGACGACGGGGUCGGUCGCGUUGGAAUACGAUAUCAUCUUAAUAUUCACAAGCGCCGGCGGUGUGUGUGUGUUUCUCGCUGGGUGUGUGGGGGUGUGUGUGCGCGCGCGUGCAAGCAGAGUAGUCGUCGACAUGCACGGGAGGGUCUACCGCUUGGGCUCGGGAAGCUGAAGCGUAAAUUGCAGCCGGGACCCGUUACGUCGUCGGUGGUGGGGAUAAACCAUCUGCGAUACGAGGGUGCGCACGAGCGCAAUAACGGGCGCGAGCCGACCAUCGACGGCGAUAGCUCGCGUUGACCCCCAGCGAGCCAACCGGUUAUCGAGCGCUCUCCCGUUAGCUUGCGGCGAAGGGAGCACCUCGGUCGGCGCGCGGAAGAGCGAGCCUCCUGCGGAUGCUACUGUGUGGGGGGUGUUGGGGGGAAGAGAGCCCUGUGUCCGGCGGUGCCCGACGGUGAGAUACAAGCCCGCGGCAUGCGACGAGGGGUGCUUUGCUGCGAACGAGCGAGGAAAUCUCCACACCCCGGGGUCCCUAUUUAGCUAGCUCGCUGGCUAAACCGGGAGGGGAGCUCGAGAGAAGGUGGGGCCGCGGAGCGACAGCCUCGGACGCCAGCUAAUGUGGCUAAGCCGGCUAACUUGGACUCUUUAGCCUCCACUGGAUUUUUUUUCUUUUUUCUCGUCACUGACAUUUUUGGUAGUGGUGGUUUAAAUAAGCACGAGUCGGGACUAUAGGGGGGUGGGGGGGGGGGGGGGGACAUCCAAAAAUUCCGUGUGGGUGGGAUACAUCUCGAGGAGAGCAUCCUCGUUUACCUGAAUGACCAUGGCGGACGACGACGUGCUGUUCGAGGAUGUCUACGAGCUGUGCGAGGUGAUUGGCAAGGGUCCCUUCAGCGUGGUGAGGCGCUGCAUCAACAGGGACACGGGCCAGCAGUUCGCUGUAAAGAUCGUGGACGUGGCCAGCUUCACCUCCAGCCCCGGCCUCAGCACGGAAGAUCUGAAGCGGGAGGCCAGUAUCUGCCACAUGCUGAAGCACCCCCACAUCGUGGAGCUGCUGGAGACCUACAGCUCCGAUGGCAUGCUCUACAUGGUCUUUGAGUUUAUGGAUGGAGCAGACCUGUGCUUCGAAAUUGUGAAGAGAGCCGAUGCCGGGUUUGUGUACAGCGAAGCGGUGGCCAGUCACUACAUGAGGCAGAUCCUGGAGGCUCUCCGGUACUGCCACGACAACAACGUGAUCCAUCGCGACGUAAAGCCUCACUGUGUGCUGUUGGCCUCAAAGGAGAACUCUGCUCCAGUCAAGCUGGGGGGCUUUGGAGUGGCAAUCCAGCUGGGAGAGUCUGGUUUAGUAGCUGGAGGCCGAGUGGGCACACCCCACUUCAUGGCCCCCGAGGUAGUCAAGAGGGAGCCGUACGGCAAGCCGGUGGAUGUCUGGGGCUGCGGAGUCAUCCUCUUCAUCCUCCUCUCCGGCUGCCUCCCCUUCUACGGCACCAAGGAGCGCUUGUUCGAGGCCAUCAUUAAGGGGAAAUACAAGGUGUGUGUGCUCGUCCAGAUGAACCCCCGCCAGUGGGCCCACAUCUCGGAGAGCGCCAAGGACCUGGUGAGGCGCAUGCUGAUGCUGGACCCGGCCGAGAGGAUCACCGUCUACGAGGCCCUCAACCACCCCUGGCUCAAGGAGAGGGACAGGUAUGCCUACAAGAUCCACCUGCCUGAAACGGUGGAGCAGCUGAGGAAGUUCAACGGCAGGAGGAAGCUGAAGGGUGCAGUGCUGGCAGCUGUUUCCAGCCAUAAGUUUAACUCGUACUAUGGCGACCCCCCAGAGGAGCUCCAUGACUUCUCAGAUGACCCCACCUCCUCAGGGGCAGUUUCACAGGUUUUGGACAGUCUAGAGGAGAUUCACGCAUUGACGGACUGCAGCGAGAAAGACAUGGACUUUCUUCACAGUGUCUUCCAGGACCAGCACCUCCACACCCUGUUAGAUCUUUAUGACAAAAUCAACACCAGGUCGUCCCCUCAGAUCAGAAACCCUCCGAGUGACGGAGUGCAGAGAGCCAAAGAGGUACUGGAAACCCUCUCCUGUUACCCGGAGAACAUGGAGGCCAAGGAGCUCAGGAGGAUCCUCACACAGCCACACUUCAUGGCUCUGCUGCAGACCCACGACGUGGUGGCCCACGAGGUCUACAGCGACGACGCGCUGAGGGUGACCCCCCCGCCCACUUCCCCUUACCUGAACGGAGAGUCCCCGGACAGCACUAACGGAGACAUGGACCUGGAGAACGUCACCAGGGUUCGCCUGGUCCAGUUUCAGAAGAACACGGAUGAGCCCAUGGGCAUUACUCUGAAAAUGAACGAACUGAACCACUGCAUUGUGGCUCGCAUCAUGCACGGUGGAAUGAUUCACCGACAAGGUACUCUGCAUGUAGGAGAUGAGAUCCGGGAGAUUAAUGGCAUCAGCGUUGCCAAUCAGACGGUAGAACAGCUCCAACGGAUGCUGAGGGAGAUGAGGGGCAGCAUCACCUUCAAGAUUGUGCCCAGUUACCGGUCCCAGUCCAUGUCUUGUGAGAAAGAGUCACCAGAUGUGUCCCGACAGUCGCCUGCAAACGGCCACGCCAGCGUCACCAGCUCCAUCCUGGACCUGCCAGCGACGAUCCAGCCCAAAGGCCGCCAGAUCUCAAGACCCGCCAUCAAGGACAAAUUGUCCAUCAAGAUCUACGUCCGCGCUCAGUUCGAGUACGACCCGACGAAGGACGACCUCAUCCCGUGUAAGGAGGCCGGCAUUGGCUUCCAGGUGGGCGACAUCAUUCAGAUCAUCUCCAAGGACGACCACAACUGGUGGCAGGGCAAGCUGGAGAACACCAAGAACGGCACGGCGGGCCUCAUCCCCUCCCCCGAGCUGCAGGAGUGGCGCGUGGCGUGUAUCGCGAUGGAGAAGACCAAACAGGAGCAGCAGGCCAGCUGUACCUGGUUUGGCAAGAAGAAGAAACAGUACAAAGACAAGUACCUGGCCAAGCACAACGCAGUGUUCGACCAACUAGACCUGGUGACGUAUGAGGAGGUGGUCCGAGUGCCAUCGUUCAAAAGGAAAACACUGGUGUUGCUCGGUGCACAUGGAGUCGGACGGAGGCACAUCAAGAACACGCUUAUUACCAAACACCCUGACCUCUUCGCCUACCCCAUCCCUCACACGACUCGGCCUCCGAAGAAGGACGAGGAGAACGGAAAGAACUACUACUUUGUGUCUCACGACCAGAUGAUGCAGGACAUCAGCAACAACGACUACCUGGAGUACGGCAGCCACGAGGACGCCAUGUACGGAACCAGGCUGGAGACCAUCAGGCAGAUCCACAUACAGGGCAUGGUGUCCAUCCUGGACGUGGAACCGCAGGCGCUAAAGAUCCUCAGGACAGCGGACUUUGCCCCCUUCGUUGUCUUCGUCGCAGCUCCCACUGUCACCCCAGGCAUGACUGAGGAUGACUCUCUCCAGCGGCUCCAAAAGGAAUCCGAGAUGCUGCAGGGGACCUACGCCCACUACUUUGACCAGACCAUCAUCAACAACGAGAUCGACGACACCAUCCGGCUGCUGGAGGAGGCCGUAGACCUGGUGUCCACCACCUCCCAGUGGGUCCCCGUCUCCUGGGUCUACUGACGCGCCACCCGGCUCAUCGCCACCCGUCUCAUCGCCCCCGAACGAUGCUAAACUUGGGUCAAGUCCCCCACACGCCCCCACCCCCCCUCGAGUCACUUCCCCCCCUCCGAAUCACACAUUUCUGUAGAUAUGAGGGAAAAUGGAGAAACUAAUGACUCACGACAGACCUCAUCCUGCCCCCGCCCCCCUUUAUCUCAACAGCCUCAAAGGCAUAUGGUUGUGUACAUAUAUACAUAUAUAUAAAUAUAUAUAUAUAAAUGAUUAAAAAAAACAACUAAGUGAAUACGGUUCUGUCCUAGUUGAAGGGUGGGGAGCAGAGGGGCAGUGUGGUAGAUAUUUUGUACUUUUUCUUUUGUAAUCGACGGAUGGGUGGUAAUAUUGGAAAGGCAAUAGCGAGCAUGACCAUUAAGCAGUCUUACGUGGGUGCCUGUGUGUCUCGACCCUUUUUUAUUUUUUAAAAAGGCACUCCUUGUGGUAAUCUUGUGUCCUUCUCUCCCGACACCCCCUAGUCUCCUCGGCCCCUGUGACGCGACAUGCCGAAACUUUAAAGCACAUUAGAAGCUGCUACAGUGGCGACAAGCAACUCCCUCAGCUAGGAAGUUUGAGUGAACCAGAAAGCACAGGUAACUGGGCAGUUUCUUCCCCCCCCCCCCCCCC